AUGCCUCUGUCUGGAACACCUGCCCCUCCCAACAAGAGAAAAAAAACUUCCAAGAUCAUCACUGACUUCUCUCACAUCACUCAGAAUGAGUAUGAGUCAGAGCCUGAGGCCUCCGAGUUUGACUUGGGGACGAAGAUUCGGGUUCCCAAGGACAUCAUGCUGGAGGAACUGUCCUUGAUGAAGAACAAGGGAUCCAAGAUGUUUAAGAUGAGGCAGCAGCGUGUGGAGAAGUUUAUCUAUGAGAAUAACCCUGACCUCUUCAGCCAAGAGUCGAUGGAUAACCUCCAGAAGCUGGUGCCGAGCCUUGGAGGCCAGAUGAUAGAUGUUGGUGGCCGUCUGAUUGGCGGGCAGAUGGUUGGCCAGGCUGGUGCAGGCGGGCAUGCACCUGUGCCCCCUCCCAAACCAGGAAGCCUUGGCAAGGGGGCAGGAAGUGGGAUAGCUGUAGGCGGAACAACUAUCGGAGGGGUAGCAGGGGCAGGAGGGGCAGGAGGAGCAGGAGGUGCUGGAGGAAUACUUGUAGGAACAGCAGAUGCCUCUCACAGUGAUGAGAGUGCUAAGGCUGCUUUGGAGAAGGCUAAAAAAAGAAAGGAGUAUGUGAAGACGUAUACAUCACCCUGGGAGCGAGCUAUGAAAGGGAAUGAAGAGCUUAUGGCUACCAUGAAGCCGUACAUGCCAGGCCCCUAUAUUUACCAUGAUCUGCCCAAAUACAAGAGCUUCAACAGGACUGCUCUGCCAUUUGGAGGCUUUGAGAAAGCUGCUCAACUGAUGACCUUCCAGCUCCCAGACAUUGAUGUGGCGACAGAGGAACCUGAGCCCGCAGUGGUGUAUCAGCAUGACAUCGGAUCGCGACCCUCCUUCAACCGUACUCCCAUAGGCUGGGUAGGCAGUGGAGAACCAAGCAACAUUCACCUGGAGGUUGAUACCAUACCAUUCGACGGAGAGACAGAUGACCUGUGAAGAGUAAACCUCAUGAUCCCGCAACAGCUCAACAGGCUUUGUCCCCCCUGAUAAUAUUAACCCCGCACACACACAUACACACAAACAAACACACACACACAUACUUACAUCAAUACUUCUCUCAUGGAUCAGCUAAAUAACAUAUGACACACUGUGUGUGAAAAGGAUAAUGAUCCACUGGUGGUGUGAAGUAGGUUUGCUUCUCAUAACACACUGAAAAUGGAAUAGAACAGUCAGUAAGUGUAUCACAACUCCACUCAUACAAUAAAGUCCAUAUUUAACCUGAUUUGUCACACUGUGCCUCAUCCUACCAUGCACCUGCACUCCAAAGAAGAAGUUUAUGCAUGGAGCUAAAACUGUAAUGACUAAGAGAAAAGUGACAUUUUGCUUUGCUUACUAUUAUUCAGCAUGUUGAACUGUAGGAUGGGCUGAUGUCCUGCACUUUUGGACAGUAGUCCAAGUAAAGGGUAGUCAGAGCAGUCAAGAGUAGUCAAGUUAAUGUUGGCAUAUAAAUUAAUGUUGGUGUACAAGGUAAUGUUGGUGAAAAGUGGUAAGAAAGCUAGCACCUAACUCUUUAUUGUAAGUAGUUAAGCUCCAGUAACCUGCAAGAACAGGUAAAGGGGUUACAUACUAAAAAGUAUUUUACAAAAAAAGUAUUUUAAAAAAUAAAAUUUCAAGCUGCACAUAUGAUCUAUUAUCCAUGUUAGAGGUUUACUGACCUGAUUCUUUUCACUGGAAAACCCACCACUGUUUGUGCAACACGUUGAUCCAAUGUUCUUUGGCAUCUGAUAUUGUCAUCUCCCAAUUUAAUAAACAUUUGAUAGCUGA